AUGAGUAAGACAAUCAAAUUAGAUAUUCCAUCUGAUUCUCCACUCUACAGCAUUGAUUCAAGAUUACAAACAUUUAGGGAAACAACAACAAUUGAUAAGAAAAAAUUUAAAUGGAGAUAUACAGUGAUACCAUUCGAAAAUAUGUCCCAAUUAGGAUUCUUUUAUCAUCCAUUUAAAGAUCCUAAAACAAACCAAAUUCACAGAGAUGCAGUUUGUUGCAUUUAUUGUCAUCAUCUUACAUCAAACUUUCAAAAAUGUAGGACUAAAUCUAUUAUCCAAACAUUUACAAAAGUAUUGAAAAAACAUUUGGAUUCUUCACCCAAUUGUUCAAUUUUACAAAUGAAAUUAUCAGCAUUAGAGGAUGAAUUGUCAUUGACAAAUAAUCAGAAUAAUAGUAUAUCGUCAAUUCCAUUGUCGAACCUCUAUUCGAAAAUCUUUGAAAACCCAGAUACAAUAAAUGCAGCGUGGAGUACUUUUAAAGGUGAUCCAUGGUUUUUUCAACCAUCAAACAAUUGGAAUGAAAUAUCUAUCAAGGAAGCUGGUUUGGUAAAAUAUGAUCCUUCAUUUACUAAAUUCAAUAAUCUUUUGAAAGAUAAACAAAAUAAAAAAAACUUUAAACAUUCUUGUUAUUGUUGGUAUUGUAAUACUUUAAUCAUCCCUGAUGAAACGAAUAAUAACUUGUCUCCCAAAGAACAUCAUAUACAAAAGAUAGAAAAGAACAGUAAAAAAUGUUAUUUCUUAGAGAGAAUGAUAAAUACAAAAAAUAUCAACAUCAACAAUAGUAAAAAUAAUAUAAAAUCAAAGGAAAGCUCGACUUUCGACUAUACAAAUAAUAUUCCCAAUUCGACGUCAUUACAAUCAAUAGAUCAAAAUUUUUCACCUGCAUCCAAUCCAAAUAAAACUACGGACCCAUCCAGAAACGUUACGGAUAAUAAUAAGGACAAUAAUAAUAGAAAGGACAAUGAUGUCAUCUCUUCAUCACCCAUAAGAAAGAAAAGAAAAUUACAAAAACUUUCACCUCAAAUGAUCUCUGAAAAUGAAACUUCUUUGAAUAAUAAUUCAUCUUCGUCCUUAUCAAUGUCGUUGUCUCAAAAGAAGAAAAAUACUGAUAAAGAUUUAGUAGUAAAUUUCCAUGGGCAUGUUAACAGGAAACGAAAUACUACCGACAAAAAAGCUUCAUCUCAGAGCAAACAAAGAAUUAAUCCAAUUAUUGAUGAUAGUACAAACGAUGAAUUUAGUUUUAGUAAUCAAGGACAUAGUACAUUCGAUAUCCCAAUCCCCACAUCCUCAGUACACUUAUCAAAAGAAACACCAAGUACUACAAAGCAAUCUCCCACGCCUCUGUCUGCUGAAAAUAGAACCAAGGCUACUGAGAUAGAACAUGUUGACAACAACAAUAACUCCAAAAAUAUUGAGAAUGACAACGUGACAGACGAUAUGGAUGAUUUAUCCAAAUUAAAGGCAAUCCCACUCAUAAAAUUCACGGCCAAUAAAACAAGUAGACGCAAACAAGUAGGCAUUGCACCAAGGGAUGAAGAUAAUAUCAUUAAAGCUACUGGUAACCAAAGAGCCCAAAGUUCGAAAGAUAAAGUAGACACUUCAUCAACACCUCGUCCUUCUAUUGGAAAAAUGAAUUCCCCCGCACCAUCUUUAUCAAAAGAGACAGAAUAUAUAGAGCCGUUUCAAAAAGAUAAAGAUCAGGAGAAAGGUAGUGUAUCCACUAUUAAAACUAGGAAAAGGAGCACUUCAGUAUCAUCAACCUCAGGAUCGUCUUCUUAUUCCCCGAGUUCUGAGUUUGAAUCUGGAUCUGAAUCCGAACCUAAUUCUGACCGCUCUUCUUCAUCGAAUUUAGGGUCAAAUCAAGAUUCUUUAGAAUCGAUUCCCUCAAUACCGCUAGAAAUAGAAGAUGUUAAAGAGCAGCCAAUUAAUGCAUUAGAACUGGAUGAAUCAAAGAAAUCUAAGCAAGAACCAUUACGUGCGGAGGAAACCGUCAAACUUGUGAAUAACAAUGAUCGCAUAGAGCAAGUACCGGAAAAUAAUGAACUCGCUAAUAACAGCAUUCGUUUAAGUAAUGUCAAUGAUUUAGAGAUGGAAAGUACGCCUUUGACGACGAGAGCUCUCAUACAACAUGAUAAAGCUAUGGCAGCUUCGCCUUCAAACCCAUUCAUCCUCUUCGUCUUCAACGUCUUCCUCAUCCUCAUCAAGUACAUCAUCUACUCCAAUUCCAAGUCCGAAAAAAAAGAUCCGUUACCUGCUCUGUUAGAAUUAUAUCCAGAUGAUAACGGGAUUAUAGAACAAAGUCCUUCCCUUAGAGCAAAUAAGAAAGAAGAAGGUACGCCUCCAAUGGAAUCAACUUCUGUUCCUGAUUUUGUGAAGGCAGGUUCAAACAUGAGAACAGGCGGCGUCUUAGGCAUCUCUAAUAGAACAAGUAUCAUAUUACCGCAACAUGAAUCAAAUUUCAAUGUUAAUUCCAAUUCUAGUUCAAAAUUCAAUUUGAUAGGAUUAAAUCAACAUUCGUCAAACAUUUCCACCAUGCACAUAUUGCAAGAACGAUCACUUUCACAUUCAUAUUCCAUUCAAACGCCAUUAAAACAAUCAUCAGUUCCUGUUGUUGAAAAUGAAUCUCAACAUGCAGCUACAAACCCAGAUUCUUCAGUUCAAGUAGAUUUCGAAAUGCCAGAAGUACCAUCCUCUCAACCGAGAAUUAGUCCAUCACCAUUAGAAGAACGGUUUAAAAUUGAAGAAGAGUAUAAAAACAACGAUUUUUUACAAGAAUUGAAUAAAAUUGAUGAGAAUACGUUAAUUGUUAAGAAAUACUUCCAUAAAUUAUUGAAAUAUAUUAAUAAUAAUGAUGCGACGCUACAUCAUGAUAGAGAUGGAGACUUAACAUUUUUCAUUAAUCAAAUGCCUAAUACUGAAUUAGAUAUGACUUUUGAAGAAUGGAUUAAAAGUAAAAAAAUAAUUUAUUCCAGGAAUUUCAAAAGACGAUGA